AUGCGCCCCCGCGCCGCCCCCCGCGCCCCCGCCGCCUUGCUCGGGCUCUGCGGCCUCUUCCUCCUGCUGCUGCUGCUCGGACCCGGGCGCGCCUGCCCCGCGGGCUGCGCCUGCCCGGACCCGCUCACCGUGGACUGCCGCGGCCGCGGGCUGCCCAGCGUGCCCGACCCCUUCCCGCUGGACGUGCGCAAGCUGCUGGCGGCCGGCAACCGCAUCCAGCGCCUCCCCGAGGACCUCUUCCUGCUGCACGGCGACCUGGUGUACCUGGACCUCGGCAACAACUCGCUGCGCGCGCUGGAGGAGGGCGCGUUCCGCGGCUCGGCCCGGCUGGCCUUCCUGGACCUCAGCCACAACAACCUGAGCCGCCUGGGCGCCGGCGCCUUCCGCUCGGCCGCGGGGCUGGUGCGGCUCAGCCUGGCCCACAACCGCCUGCAGGGCGUGCACGAGGCGGCCUUCGAGAGCCUGGAGUCGCUGCAGGUGCUGGAGCUCCACGGCAACGAGCUGCGCGGCCUCAGCGUGGCCGCCCUGGCCGCGCUGCCCGCGCUGCGCUCCCUGCGCCUGGACGGCAACCCCUGGCUCUGCGACUGCGACUUCGCCCACCUCUUCGCCUGGAUCCAGGAGAACGCGUCCAAGCUGCCCAAAGGCCUCGAUGAAAUCCAGUGCUCCCUGCCCCCUGAGAACAGAAGGGUGUUCCUGCGCCAGCUGUCGGAGGCCAGCUUCAGCGAGUGCAAGUUCAGUCUCUCGCUCACAGACCUGUUCAUCAUCAUCUUCUCGGGCGUGGCCGUGUCCAUCGCUGCCAUCAUCUCCAGCUUCGUCCUGGCCACCGUGGUGCAGUGCUUCCAGAGGUGCACCCCCAGCAAGGAUGCCGAGGAGGAAGAAGAGGAUGAGGACGACUGA